AUGGAUUCGAAUCAAUUUAGCCACACGCCUAAGUUUGUUGAACUACUUAAUAGUCAACAAGACAAUUUCUUUUGUUUUCUUGAAGAUAGUGCCCAACUAUCUUCAUCCCAACUCCCUGUUUUUGGGACUCAAGGGACUGAAGCUUCAAGCGCUAAAGAAGAUACUCCAGCAGAGCAUAGAGAAAGGAGGAUAUGGACGCCAGUCGAUGAUGUUGUGCUGAUUAGCUCUUGGCUAAACACAAGCAAAGAUCUGCUUGUAGGCAAUGAGAAACGGUCUGGUACCUUCUGGAAAAGGAUUGCAGCAUACUUUGCUGCAAGUCCUAUGGUAGCAGGGUGUGAGCAGAGGGAGGCGAGUAACUAUAAGCAGCGCUGGCAGAAGAUAAACCACCAAGUUAACAAGUUUUGUGGGUCUUAUGAAGCUGCAACUAGAGAGAAAAGCAUUGGGAAAAAUGAGAAUGAUAUUCUCAAAAGAGCUCAUGAGAUCUUCUUCAACAACCACAAAAAAAAAAUUCACCCCUGA